GUUUGGCGGCUCCGUGCCCGGCGCGCCUCGGGAUCCAGGCGCAUUUGUUUCCUCCUGGUUUCCGCGCGCCCCGUUUGGCGGGGACCCUCGGGAGCGAUGCCGAGGGAUGUGAUUUUAGUUGUGUGGUUCUGUGUGUGCACCGCCAGGACAGUGGUGGGCUUUGGGACGGACCCUGACCUGCAGAUGGAUAUUAUCACGGAGCUCGACCUCGUGAACACCACUCUUGGAGUCACUCAGGUGUCCGGGCUGCACAAUGCCAGCAAAGCAUAUUUAUUUCAAGAUUCAGAAAGGGAGAUCCAUGCAGCCCCUCAUGUGAGUAAGAAAUUAAUCCAGCUGUUCCGGAAUAAGAGUGACUUCACCUUUUUGGCCACUGUACAGCAAAAGCCAUCGACUUCAGGAGUGAUCCUCUCCAUUCGAGAGCUGGAACACAGCUAUUUUGAACUGGAGAGCAGUGGUCUGAGGGAUGAGAUCCGAUACCACUAUAUGCAUAAUGGGAAGCCCAGGACCGAGGCGCUUCCAUACCGGCUGGCAGAUGGACAGUGGCAUAAGAUUGCGUUGUCCCUUAGUGCCUCUCAUCUCCUGCUCCACGUCGACUGCAACAGGAUUUAUGAACGUGUGAUUGACCCUCCUGAAACCAACCUUCCUCCAGGAAGCAACUUAUGGCUUGGUCAACGCAACCAAAAGCAUGGCUUAUUCAAAGGAAUCAUCCAAGAUGGGAAAAUCAUCCUUAUGCCAAAUGGAUACAUAACUCAAUGUCCAAAUCUGAAUCGCACUUGUCCAACUUGCAGUGAUUUCUUAAGCCUGGUGCAAGGAAUAAUGGAUUUGCAAGAGCUUUUGGCCAAGAUGACUGCAAAAUUAAAUUAUGCAGAGACGAGACUUAGUCAGUUGGAAAACUGUCACUGUGAGAAGACCUGUCAAGUGAGUGGACUUCUCUAUAGAGAUCAAGACUCCUGGGUUGACGGGGAUCACUGCCGGAACUGUACUUGCAAAAGUGGUGCUGUCGAAUGUCGAAGGAUGUCCUGUGCCCCUCUCAGUUGCUCCCCAGACUCCCUCCCCGUGCACAUUGCUGGCCAGUGCUGUAAGGUCUGCCGACCAAAAUGUAUCUAUGGAGGAAAAGUCCUUGCAGAAGGCCAGCGGAUUUUAACUAAGAGCUGCCGGGAAUGCAGAGGUGGAGUUUUAGUAAAGAUUACAGAGGCGUGCCCUCCUUUGAACUGCUCAGAAAAGGACCACAUUCUCCCAGAGAAUCAGUGCUGCAGUGUCUGUAGAGGUCAUAACUUCUGUGCAGAAGGCCCUAAAUGUGGUGAAAACUCAGAGUGUAAAAACUGGAAUACGAAAGCUACCUGUGAGUGCAAGAAUGGUUACAUUUCUGUCCAGGGAGAUUCUGCUUACUGUGAAGAUAUUGAUGAGUGUGCAGCUAAGAUGCAUUACUGUCAUGCCAAUACUGUAUGUGUGAACUUGGCUGGGUUAUAUCGCUGUGACUGUGUCCCAGGCUACAUCCGAGUGGAUGACUUCUCUUGCACAGAGCAUGAUGAAUGUGGCAGCGGGCAGCACAACUGUGAUGAGAAUGCCAUCUGCACCAACACUGUCCAGGGACACAGCUGCACCUGCAAACCGGGCUACGUGGGCAAUGGAACCAUCUGCAGAGCAUUCUGCCAAGAGGGCUGCAGAUAUGGUGGAACGUGCGUGUCUCCUAACAAAUGCGUCUGUCCUUCUGGAUUCACAGGAAGCCACUGUGAGAAAG